AUGGCGGGGAAGGCAGCCGUCCCGGGCACCGCGGUGCUGCUGGUGACGGCCAACGUGGGCUCGCUCUUCGACGACCCAGAAAACCUCCAGAAGAACUGGCUGCGGGAAUUUUAUCAGGUCGUGCACACGCACAGGCCGCACUUCCUGGCCCUGCACUGCCAGGAGUUCGGAGGGAAGAACUAUGAAGCCUCCAUGUCGCACGUGGACAAGUUCGUCAGAGAACUGCUGUCCAGUGAUGCGAUGAAAGAGUAUAACAGGGCGCGGGUCUACCUGGAUGAAAACUACGAGUCCCAGGAACACUUCACGGCACUAGGAAGCUUUUACUUUCUUCACGAAUCCUUAAAAAACAUCUCCCAGUUUGACUUUAAAGCCAAGAAGUAUAAAAAAGUCACUGGUAAGGAGAUCUGCUCAGACACGCUGGAGAGCACGCCCAUGCUGGAGAAAGAGAAGUUCCCGCAGGAUUACUUUCCCGAGUGCAAGUGGUCGAGGAAAGGCUUCAUCCGGACGAGGUGGUGCCUUGCGGACUGUGCCUUCGACUUGGUGAACAUCCAUCUUUUCCACGAUGCUUCCAACCUGGUUGCCUGGGAGACCAGCCCUUCUGUGUACUCGGGGAUCCGGCACAAGGCCCUGGGCUACGUGCUCGACAGAAUCAUUGACCAGCGAUUCGAGAAAGCGUCCUACUUUGUCUUUGGCGAUUUCAACUUCCGGCUGGAUUCCAAGUCCGUGGUGGAGACUCUCUGCACAAAGGCCACGAUGCAGACCGUCCGGGCCGCCGACACCAACGAAGUCGUGAAGCUGAUAUUCCGAGAGUCGGACAACGACCGGACGGUGAUGCUGCAGCUCGAGAAGAAAGUCUUUGACUACGUCAACCAGGAGGUUUUCCGGGACGACAACGGCGCCGCGCUCUUAGAAUUUGACAAAGAGCUGUCUGUCUUUAAGGACAGACUGUAUGAACUGGACAUCUCCUUCCCUCCCAGCUACCCAUACAGUGAGGACUCCAGCCAGGGCAGGCAGUACAUGAACACCCGGUGUCCCGCCUGGUGUGACCGUGUCCUUAUGUCCCCAUCCGCCAAGGAGCUGAUCCUGAGGUCGGAGAGCGAGGAGAAGGUUGUCACCUACGACCACAUCGGGCCCAGUGUCUGCAUGGGAGACCACAAGCCCGUGUUCCUGGCCUUCCGCAUGGCGCCCGGGGCAGGUAAACCUCACGCACGUGUGCACAAGUGUUGUGUGGUGCAGUGA